GGCCAGGAGGUAUUCCACGAAUCAACAAGCGACAGUAUCACAAUGUAUGCGUAGAUUGGAUAAGAGAGGCUGAGAACGAUUGGGAUAAGAAGUCAGGAACAAUCCCUUCCCGAGUGGCUGGAUUUCUUUUUGCCUCUACAGCAGGUUCAGCUUCAGCUUCCACGUGGUGAACAUUCCUUACGUCGUACAUUUUCCUUACGAAUAGCUUCCUUUAUCUCACGUCAUGACAUUUCCGCCACCAGAUUUGUGAGGUGGAAGAUAGAUCCAGAUCCAGACACUCCGGCGAUGGGCGCUUGAACGAGUUUAGUUAACUAAGCACUGCUAGGUUAAGUAAAUAAGUUCCCGGCGUCUAACUUAUCGAAAUUCGGGUACUGAACCUACCUUAGGUACGAGGUCGUAGUACCUCCCGUUGUCUUCUGGCUCUGCAGUCAGCACACUAUGAUCUGGACUACAGUUGUCAUCCUGCUGUUCAGUAUCAUAUUGUUCUACAGUCUCACGAAGGAACCCAAAAUCCACCGUAAUGGCGAGAAAUUAAGACGGCCACCGAAUACACUCCCGGUGCUUGGAAAUGCUAUAGUCUUCCUCAGGUCUCGCCAUCUCCUAUUCGACUGGUUCGUCAAAUGCCAGCAGAUCUUCGGCAGGGAAACAUUCGAGAUCUCGGUGCCUACCUUACCUCCCGGUGUGGUCAUCAACAGUCCCGAGAAUCUCGAGUUCGUGCUGAAGAACGAGUCUAUCAUCACCAAGGGUGACUUCUUCAAGGAACGGUCAUGGGAUCUGUUCGGUUAUGGCAUCAUCAAUGCCACAGGUGACUCAUGGCGGGCUCAACGUAAAGCCGGCGUGAAGUUCUUUACCGCCGCCAACCUUGACGCACUGAUCGAGAAUGUUAUGCCCACGGUCUAUCAAGACGACACCAGGAAGCAACUCCUCGACGCUGCAGAGGAUGGGUCCGUCAUCGACCUGCAGAAGGUCUCACUUGACCUCACAACCACGGUGGUAGGACAUAUGGCCUAUGAUAUGGAAAUCGACGCCUCCUCACCAUUCGGGAAGGCCUUCGAUCACGCCUCCGACCACGUCGGCCUACGGUUCCAAAACCCCUUGUACUGGCUAACCGAGAUGUUCACGGGUGCCAGCUUCCGCGCCUCUUUAGCCGAAGUCAGGCGCUUUAGCAUGCAAAUCGUCACGAACGCGCGCAAACGCAGAUCGCGCGCCGCAUUCGAGAGCUUGAUCACCGAAGGUGACGGCAACACUUCCACUCCGCCCUCAGAUGCGUGCUUCGGCAGCCUGAUCGACUCGCUGAUCGAGUCGUUCGCAGAGCCUCAGGUCGUCGCGGACGCAGCGCUCAAUUUCUUGUCCGCAGGCCGUGACACCACGGCUCAGUCCUUCACAUGGACGUUCUACGCCCUCAUGAGACAUCCUGACGCCCUGGAGGAAGUCCGCAAAGAAAUUGACGAGAAAGUAAGCAAUAUCGAGGACAUAGAUAUCUCGCUAUUGCAGCCGGCAACGCUACCUCUCACGCUGGCGACAUACUAUGAGGCGCUACGAUUGUACCCACCCAUUCCAUUUGAGCUGAAGCAGACGAGUCAGCCUGUCACGUUGCCGGACGGGACAUUUUUGCCGGCCAAUGCCCUGGUAGUCUGGUGUAUAUACGCUUUCAAUAGGGCGGUACAGAUAUAUGGUGACGAUGCACACUUGUUCCGGCCACGGCGCUGGCUUGACGAGGAUGGCAAGCUUGUGCCUAGAUCGCCGUUGGAGUUUCCUGUGUUCAACGGCGGACCCAGAUCGUGUCUUGGGAAGAAGAUGGCUGAAGUCAUGGGCGUGUGGGUCAUGGUGAGAAUGUGCAGCGAAUGGGAUUUUGACGAGGUCACGGACGGAUUGGUCCGGCUGGACGACGAGGGCAAGGAGGUGCUUAUGGAAAGAGUCAGUGCGAAUAGUCUGACGCUGCCCAUGGAGGGAGGAUUGCCUUGUAAAGUCAGAAGGAGAGAUAGGAAGGCCCCGCAGGAACGGAAUCUGAACGGACCUUGACAUAAGGUAGUCACAUAUGCAACGGCGACCAAAAUGUCUUAUGUGUCGGUAAAUACCGAGCCGGUUUCUGGAAGUAGCCUCGCGGACUUCUAU